CCAAUGAGCCACACGCGCACCACAGCUGUCAUCGCCGCGUGCAUGUGAGGUCGUCGUGACAGGUAACGCACCAAACCGCGCUGCCGCAUCAUUCUGUGCCCAACCGUGUACACUCGAAAGCGGUAGUAGCGUUAGCUUGUUGUUUGAUACAUUUCCGUGCCCAGAGUUUGUGUUUUUUCGGGUGUCAUAAAAUGCUGUUUCACAAUACAUUACAAAUGUUUUGUGCAGAAGCUUGAUAAGAAUGUGUGAAGUGUUCUUAGUGUCCUGCGUAGUGGCCGGUGCGUGUCUUUGAAGCAGUGUGUUGCUCAAGCGUCCCAAGCGGUGGUGGUGAAACUAGAAGGUUGUGAAGGUCCCUCCAAGAUGUUCAGUGUCCGAUAAGCAGUGAUAAGCGCGCAAUGCUACUGGGGACAGUAUUGGCGAACCAGUGCCAAUUCUGUCCAUCAUGUGAUUUGUGCAGAUAUACAUCGGCAAAUACUGCAAAGGUGUCUUACUGUCGUGGCCAACUGGUUGAGAUUGUCUCUAGAUGGCCAACUAGAUGAGAAGAUCCAAUGCAUCAGUUUCGCUUGAGAAGAGCGGGCUCGUGCUAUAUAAGCUGCAUUCAAGUGCGUGUGCUUAAAGUGUACAGUGAACCCAAGUGAUGUGUUUUGCUUUUUCGUUAGAAAUUCAUCUCAGCAUCUUAACAUUACGUACGCGGAAUCGUAAACAAUUGAAGAUUUCUCUGGCCAAUACACACGCCACACAGGCCAGGGCGUUCGUAAACGAUCACGCGCCGUUCAGUUUCAAUUGCAGUGUUUGAGAGCCGUUAAAUUUGCAUUAAACUGCAGUCCAGGAGCAGGGCAGGGUGCGUUCAAAUGCAGCUUGUCUGUUGUGGCUAGAGCGGCAACACAUUCCCGUGCCGUUUGCAACGGAGGCAUUCGAAACAAAUCGACACGAGCGGUUGGAGCACAAAAACUGAUCCCAGACACACGAUUGGCGCACGAUUGGUUCGAUUCGAAUCGAAGUGAAUUGAACAAGACAAGAACCAGCGCCUCGCGAGCCCUCAGGUCGUCACGUUCAACGGUCGCCCAUGCUAAGUGGAUCAUCUUGCGGGACAUGGCUUUGAUUUGAUUACGGCGGUGCACAUUAAUAAGGCAAAAAGGAGAAGUACAACGAUGGGUAAAACCACCAGCAAACUGGAUAAACGACGCUCGCAGAGCAUUUCCUGGAGCUACAAGUUCGGCACGGCCAGCCGCCGGAAGAAGCAUGCCGCCCUGGUUAUCACCUCGCUGCCGCACAUGGAACUCGGCGAAUGGUUGCAGCGGCUCGAUCUGGCCGAGUACGGUGAUAAAUUCCGUUUGUUUAAUGGCGUGGAGGAGCUGCUGUUUCUUAGCGAGUCGGACAUCAAGAAGCUCGGCAUACGGAACAACGCGCACCGGGCCCGAAUCGUCAGCAGUUUGGUGGCGCUGCGGGAGAAGCUAGUGCAAGAAUCGCACGUGAAGUCGGCGCAGCGGAAUGGAGCGGACGAUCAGCAGAGAAGGGCCCAGCUGCGGCACAGCGUGGCGGUGGAUGGGGCGCGCAGUGCCAAAACGGCCAGCACUGCCACGGAGCAGGAUAGCAUCUAUGAAUGUCUGACGCCAGCAAACACCAAGCAGAGUAAGAGCUGUGGCGAUCUGUUAGAUAUGGAAACGACACCGGACGGCGGAAAUGAAGCCGUAGCACUGAAGAAAGCGCUCGAAUGGGAGCUGUCACUAGAUUCGCGGGACCUUCGAUCGCACGCCUGGUACCAUGGUCCCAUACCACGGCAGCGGGCGGAAGAGAUCGUCCAGAAGGAGGGAGACUUCCUGGUGCGCGACUGUGUUUCGCAGCCGGGCAACUAUGUGCUUACGUGCCGAACCAAGGGACCGACGCUGCACUUCGUGAUCAAUAAGCUUCUGCUCCAACCGGAAACCGUAUACGAGCGCGUGCAGUAUCAGUUCGAGGACGAUGCCUACGAUACAGUUCCUGAUUUGAUUACCUUCUACGUAGGCUCGGGAAAAUCCAUAUCGGUCGCAUCGGGUGCGAGAAUUCAAUUUCCGUGCAACCGAACGUACCCGCUCUCGUUCUACGCGGGCAAGUGUCCACAGAAUGCGGCCGGCAUGGCGGGCAUCCGUGGGCCGAGCCCGCUCAACUCACCCUCACCCGUACCGUCGUCACCGGGCUUUAGGUAUAAUCCGUACACGCAGCAGACUAGCUCCUACCGCAGCCCGAUGUCAUCGCCGCCCCGCACCAAGCGAGAAACACCGCCCCGGUUGCCGAGCAAAAAGCAACGCUCUCAGUCCCUUACGCCCCUUCACGGUGCGGCGGGCGGUCAGCAACGGUACAGCAGUGCGGACGGUGUGAUCGGGGGUAACGGGGGCGCAUCGGACGGUGGCAGUAAGUCAAGCAAACCAUCGCGACUUGCCGAAACGCCGGAAAAGUGCAACAGUGCGGACGGUGUCAUCCACAACAGCGAGUCUGGCGCAGGUGCCAGGCCGUCAGAGGAGAAGUGCUCGAGUGCGGAUGGUGUGGUAAAGUCACAGACUCUUACCCGGCCCUGCUCAACCGAACCGAAUGGGCUGGCGUCGCUGAAGGGUUCCCAGUCGUCGCUGCCCCGGUCGGCCAGUUUGCGGUCGUCCCAGGGCAAGCUAAGCUCGCGGGCGUCCAGCAUCAACAAGGAACCGAGCGAACACUCGCUCAGUCCGUGCCUGGAGCAGAAAGCGUUCGCUGAGGAUGAGGAACAGCCGCCUAGUCCACCGCCGAAGCCGAUACGCGGUGGCGCCGGUGGAACACUGCAAAGGCGUGACUCGAUGAAAGACUCCGACUCAGGGUCGGUGCAGGGUAGUGGAACGCAUGGUGGACGGGGCGGCAUGACUUCGUACCAUCCCAGUGGUUCCGAUUCGGGCAAUGGGUCGGGCGAUUCAGCUCAAAGCUCUGCCACUGGGGAGGAGCUAGCCCCUCCUGUUGCACGUGGCGUUGGUGGUGUGGUGCUCCGGAAUCCACGCUUCAUACCCACGUCCCUGUCGUCGAUAACGCUGCGUUCGCACGCGGAAAUAGAUCCGGUUGCGGCAGAGGAAGCCCUACUUGCCAUGCAGAUCCCGACGUACGAGCAGGUGUCACGGUACGAUCUGGAAAACUUCAACACACUGCUGCUACCGUUCUGUGACUGCAAACCGCUGGACAGUGGUACGCUCAACACGGUCCGGAUGAUGCUGUGUGAGUCGGGGCCGCGCGUCAUCGCGAACCAUCUAACGCGGGUGGACAUUGGAUUGAUAUUGGAAAAAGACGAAAGCCGCAAGGAUGAUCCACUGAGCUGUACCGGGUUGGAGCUGAUCACGCUGGAGCAGGGCAAGCAGUACCGGUUGGAUCUCAUCGAGCGGACGGAGUGUAUGAAGCUGCUCGUCGCCGUUACCAUCCUCACCUGCCAGAGCGAUCUCGAGCGGGCGGAAACGCUCAACAAAUGGAUCCAGAUAGCGGUCGAGACGAAAACUGCCUUGGGUAAUCUGUUCGGCUUUAGUGCCAUCAUGCUGGGCCUCUCGAUGCCGCAGAUUCAAAAGCUCGAAUCCACCUGGCACACGCUGCGCCAAAAGUUCACCGAUAGUGCAUUCAACUUCGAGGCGAAGCUGCGGCCGACGCUGAACAGCAUGAACGACUGCUCCAAUCCCCAGGCACCGAACACGACUAUCCCGCACAUAUUACCGUACGUGCUGGUGAAGGAUCGCACCAUAAACGAUGUGUUUGCAAACACGCCGAGUCCCUGCCCGACUCUGAUCGCAUCGUGCGUUACGCCCUGGGAAACCAUCACGCAAGACUUUGGCUUUUCCGUGCUGUUCGCUCACCUGGACGCGGCGCGCAGCUUCAUAAACAACAUUUCACUCUACAAAAAGAAUGCACAAACGAUCAUGCAGGACACGAGCCGGCUGGAUCCGCUGAUGGAGGACGCAUUCAAGACUGAGUUUCAGAUGAAAUUCCUGUGGGGCAGCAAGGGCGCACUGGUGCCGGCCGAGGAGCGUCACGCCAAGUUCGAACACGUGCUCACGGUAAUGGCGGAAAAGUUCUGCGGUGAUCCUUCAGCCGGUUAAGCCUAACAGUGCCACCACAGACAGAGAGGGCAACACGUUAGUGGAGUGUGAAUAGUACUAUUACUACCAUCUACGCUACUUUUCAUCUCAUUCUCUCACUCUCACUCUCACCCACUCCAUCUCCACACACCAUGCUCUAACCAUACUAUCUUCUACGAUUUAGUGUUUCAUCCACGAUCCAUCAUCUCUAUCGUCUUCUUGCUAGUGGAAUUGAGCGGUUAGCGGUCUACUCAUUUGUAUGUACGAUAUAUUUAUAAUAACUAAACUUAGCAAAAAAAGAUGAUAAAACGUAAAGUUUAUCGAUUAGAGACAACAAAAAACGAACAUUAGUUCCAUUCUACUUCACACAAUACUCAAAUUGAUAGACAAUUUGCAACCACUUUUUUGGCGAAAAAGAACAGCAUAAUAAUAAAAAAAACAAAAGCGAUUAAUCGGUGUAGAGGUUUGGACGCAAAAGGCGAGUAAAAUAGAGCAACACACACCGUUAGUUUUUUGCAAAUGACCAAUUCCAAAUCUUCGAAACGAAGCGCUAUUUCAUUGCAAGUUACAUCAAAUCCACGCAAAACCAGUACUGCCGAAUGGAGCAACGAAACGCGAUCCACUUUUGCUAGAGCAACAACCUAAACACAGACAGCCAAAUAAAAAAACAGAAACUCUAAAGCCGUAACUCAAACUAGGAGAAGUUUAUAUCGAAUCGAAGUUGUGGUUAGGGUUAAUAGCAGUAACAGCAGAAAACAAAAACGAUGGAUCGCUUUGGAGAGCACAAGCACGCGUGAAAAGAGAGAUCUUAGAGAUUAGGGUAAGGUGUGUAAAAUCUAGUCAAAAUAUACCAAACGCGUAAUACUAUACAAAAAAAAUGAUUAUUAAACGAAGCAAACGAAACGUAAGCAUGCGUGUGGAUUGGUUUUCAUUACGGAUAUUGUUUCGGGACGAAGGAGGCGGAAGACGAGAUAGAAAAUGUAAGUGGAUUUGUAACUGUGCGCAACACGUUUUCUAAGACACACACACGCCAUACACCCGGCUCGACACGAUUGACAGAAGAAAUAACGUAUCGUAUUUUAGGGAAAGUGAAUAACGAUUUUCUAAAAACAAAUAAACCUAAAAUUAUUACAUUUUGUGAGCAUUGAAGUUAUGAUCAGACGGAGCAGAAUCAAAUGUAUAUGAGCACUGGUAGAGUGAACCGCAUAACUUACACGAUAAUCUACCUACCAGGUUGGUGCAAGUUUAGUAGCAGGAGUAAAGGAGCCAAUCUCUUUACGUGACGCGAAAUUAAAAAAAAAGCAAUACACACAAUCGUAGUAUCAUCAGGCGUGGCAAGCGACAAGUUACUUCCCCUUCUAGACGACCACCCUUCUACUUCACGCACACUGAUGGUUUAUGAAACCGCCGUGAACGUUUAUCAACCCCCUCUAAGGCAGUAGACGUAAAGCUAACCGAUAGCUAUGCGAGUUCCAAACUUUACAUUUACAUCCUCAGGUGUUUAGGAGCGAUCGAUCGGCACGAGAUAGAAAAGAGAUUAAUAAUACCUUUAUCUACUUUUUUUGUUGUAUAUUAGUACGGUUGUUACAAUAACACAAGUGAGUUCGGUUUUGUAAGCAGCACCUGUACGGUUUGUCUAUUUCUAGGAUGAAUAAUGCAUUGUAAUACAUGUAAAGCAUACCCCGAGCAGGAUAACAAGUUGGACAAUAUGGCGAGAUCGGUACACCCUUCUUUAAUUACGACGGAAAACAAUCCAAACUGAAACCAUAGAAUCAACACUCUGAUGUAACCGCCGUAAAUGAUAUCUCGAUUGAGGAUGGGAUGCCAACGCCCACGGGUCCCGGACCUCGAUCAAACUGUAACACACCGAGUGUGGUUGCAUGCAUGCAAUGGGAAAUGGGGAUGAUGAUCGUGUCUAUCAAAGAAAUAACUCCUUCAAACUGGUUUGAUAAUAAAUUUUAAGUAAAUAAACUAGUUGUAGGGGGAAAAUAACGAGCGAAAAGGAGUCGAAUCUCUUGCGCAAGAACUAGCCACAUAAAAGAAGAAGAAGAAAUGCAGCAUAUUACCUAAUACUUCCAACUAAAUGGUGCAGACUGGAAUGUUGAGCGAUGGGAGAGGAAUGUUUUUGGGAGGAAAAAGUUCCCAAAAAAGAAGGAAUUUUGAGUUGUUUAACUAAAACUAAAUAGAAACGUGAGCGUGUAAGAGGUACGAAGGUGAUCGACCGGGGGAGGGUAAGUGGGACUCUGCCCACUGGGGUGGUAUGUAACCGAAAAGUAUUAUAUAUACAGAUAGUUAUGGAAACCAAGUACUUGUCAUGAUAUGUUGUACAAACAAAACAGCUCUAAACACUAAUAUUUCUAUUCAAGGAUGGCAUACCAGAGAGAAGGAAAGACAGAGCAAGAGAGAAAGAGAUAAAAGGUGCGAGGAAAACAGUAUGGAUAACUGAACCUAAUGUAUGAAAAUAAAUUAUUUAAUACAACCUAAACACUAAA